UAAAAAAGUAGUUUUUUUAUUUUAUUUUAUAAUGUUUAUCUUUCAAACCAUUAACUUUCAUAAUAUUUAGUGGUACAAAUUUUAAAUUUUAGCAAUAUGAAAUCACAAAUGAAUUUUUUUUUAGUGUAGUCUGGUUUAUUAUGAAACUUGUUGGUAUGAUUUUGUGUGGUCUGAUUUUGUAAGACUUCCUACUCUAGACUUUUGUCAACAGAGGAUUUCCUCAAUUUAAUAUCAUAAAAUUAGUAGAAUUCAAGUUUUAUAUGAUCAUAAUUUUCAAAGUAUUUGUACAACUUUACACACCUAAUUAUUAAUUAAUGGAGCCUAGUUGACUUCAAAGUCAUCAAAACUCUGUAACAACAGUUCAUCUCUCCCUUUCUCUCUUAAUUAUUCAUCCAUGGCAGACUUCAUAGCAAGUAGUAUAGCAUCAGGAUUAAUCGAAGAGGCAGUAAAGGCGGUUACCAAGUUAGUGGCAGCUCGCGCUUUUGAGGAGAUCAGAUCACUUUCAUGGGGUUUCAACGAUCAACUCGAACUGCUAAAGAACAAGUUAUUGUAUGUUCAAGCAUUUUUGGAUGAUCUAGGAACCAAAAGUCAUGAAGAAAAAAGCAAAGUUGUUAAACUUUGGCUAAUGAAACUCCAAGAUGUUGCAUAUUCUGCUGAUAAUAUAUUGGAUGAUCAUGCUUAUGAAUUACUUUGUAGGAGAUUUGAGCCUAAGAAAAAACUCUACAAGUUUUUCAAUAUCUCUAGCAGUGAUAAUUAUCCUAUCUUGUUUCGUUUCAAGUUGAGUUAUCGAGUCAAGAAGAUUGUUUCAGAGUUGGAAAAGCUUGAGAAGGAGGCACAGAAGAUGGGUCUUAAGCAGGUGAAGUUGGCAAGAGAAGCAGUUGCUUCAUCUAUUUUUAUGGAUGGAGGUGAUCAGUUUAUUGUUAAUUUGAAUCAAGUUAGAAAACAUGCUGCUGCUAGUGAUUACGAAUUCGUAGGGAGGGAGAUUGAUCAGGAGAAGCUACUAGAGGUGCUUUGCAAUCCAUUCAACAAUGGUGAUUUGUCCACCAUUGCCAUUGUUGGAAUUGGAGGCCUUGGUAAGACAACUUUAGCAAGACGCCUAUAUGAACAUGAGAAAGUUGAUGCACACUUUAACAAGAAAAAAGUCUGGAUAUGUGUUUCUGAGAAUUUCGAUAUUGAAAGACUUCUGAAGGAGAUGGUUGAAUCGCUUACAUCAGGCAAUUGUGAUGUAACCAAUACAGGUGCAGUUAUUAAUAAACUUCAGGGAGAGUUGAAGGAGAAAAAGUUCUUGCUUGUACUUGAUGAUGUAUGGAACAACAACCUUGAGCUUUGGGAUUCCUUUAAGAAUGAAUUGCAGAGAAUUGGGGAUAUAGCAGGAAGUGUGGUUUUAAUUACUACUCGUAGCAUUGGAGUUGCAGAGAAAGCGCAAACAGUCUACACACACAAGCUGGAAGGAUUGUCAGAAAAUGAUGGAUGGGCCUUAUUGAAACAUAAUGUUUUUGUUAGUAGGAUGCUGCCAAGUAUGUCUUCUUCUUUUGAGGAUGUUGGGAGAAGGAUUGUUGAGAAGUGUAAGGGCGUUCCUUUGGCAAUAAAAGCAAUCAGAGGCUUAUUGCAGUUGAAGAAACAUCCUUCUGAAUGGGAGUCAAUAGAAAGAAGUGAACUAUGGGAUUUGCCACAGGAUGAUGAAAAUUACAUCUUGCCAUCAUUGUUUUUAAGCUUUAAGAAUUUACCUUGUCUGUCUUUGAAGCAAUGUUUCGCCUGUUGUGCAAUCUUUCGUAAAGACAGCUUAAUAGAUAAGCGCCAAUUAAUAGCUCUUUGGUUGGCUCAGGGCUUUCUGCAUGAAUCUGGAACAAGCAUGGAGGAAACUGGGGAGAAAUAUUUUCAAAUUUUACUGAAUAAUUCGUUCUUACAGGAGGAUAUAGAUGAUGGUGAAACCAGUGAAAUUAUGUUCUACAAAAUGCAUGAUUUAGUGCAUGAUCUUGCGGUGUAUAUUUGGCAAAAGGAUCUGUUGGUCUGGAAUGCGGAAGCCACACUGAAUAAUUCCUUUGAUUUUCGACAUCUUGUUAUCAAUUUUGGAGAGAUUGAAAUUGCAGCCAAAACACCUGUAGGGGUGAACAUACAGAAGCUAAGAACUAUAAGUUUUUGGGAUGGUGUGCCGAGGUGGGAUAUGUUGAUUUGCGCUAUGUACUUGCGCACACUGAUAAUGGCCAAUAUUGGGCUAACGGAGGUUUCCCCUGCCAUCGGGCAGUUGAAACAUCUAAGAUAUCUUGACUUAUCUCAUAAUCCGAUCAAAACAUUGCCAGAUAUAAUCUGCAGACUCUAUCAACUACAGACUUUGAGUUUGCAAGGUUGUAAAGAGCUAAAACAGCUACCCCAGAAAUUGCACAAGCUGGUCAGCUUAAGACACAUCUUGACAUCAGAUUAUGUGUUUGCUUCUAGAGGAUUACAGCAAUUGACUUGCCUGCAGACCUUACCUCAUCUUGAGUUACGCGAUGGGGAAGGGUGGACUAUUGAUGAACUGGAACCUCUGCAUCAGGUUAUGGGUCUGAUAUGCAUCAAGGGUCUUGAGCAUGUAAAGGGAAAGGAGGAAGCGAGGAAAGUUGGCCUUGGUAGAAAGUGCAAGGUCUUGAAACUAAGCCUAAGCUGGGCUUAUGUCAGAGCAGUAAGUAGCGAAAAUACUGAUGAAGAUGUUUUGGGUGGUUUGGAACCUCACCCAAAUAUAACAUCACUGGAAUUAGCAAGCUUCAAGGGCAUGAGAUUUCCUUCAUGGAUUAUGAAAAUGACUGUGAAGCAGAGAGGUAGUCUUGCACUGCUUAGCUAUCUCACAGUGGUGAAAAUAGAUUAUUGCAGCAGCUGCGAACAACUUCCCACUCUCGGGCUGCUUCCCUGUCUGAAUAUUCUGAAGCUGACAUUUUUCCAUGGAAUGGAAUCUAUAGGAAAUGAAUUUUAUGUUGGUGACCAUGAUGCACCUGUGUACCAAAGCAGGAGUGGUACUAGCGGGCAACAAUGUUGGCCUUAUGCUACUAAUCUGAAGGCAGUAGAAUUAUUUCCAGCUCUGAGACAUCUUCUUAUCUGGGAGUUUCCCAGGCUAGCCACUUGGAAGCCACCAUCCCUAGCUCUAGCGUCAACUGCAUUUCCUUGCCUUGAAACUCUAAAAGUCGGAGGUUGCCCUCAGCUGGAUUCAAUACCCUCAGAAAUCAUCAAAUAUAACAAUGGUAGUCUCACUUCGCUCAAAGUGUAUAGAUUAUCAGAAAUAAAGAGUUUACCUCAUGGGCUGCCAAAUUGUACGAACCUACAGAGAUUGGAGAUCUGGAGCUGUAACAAGCUUGAGUCUUUGCCCACAGGCCUAAAAUCCCUUGUAUGUCUUCAGAUAUUGGACAUAAGAGAUUGCAUAUCCUUGGACUCUCUUCCUCCGUAUCUUUUCCAAGGCCUCUCUUCUCUGCGCGAACUGAUCAUAGAUGGAUGUACACUUUUAACAAGGAUCCCAACUAGUAUACAGGAAUGUGCGUCUUUGGAGUAUCUGAGGAUAAAGAACUGCCCAUUGAUAGAGGAUCCUGUCCCAGAUUUAAGUAGAUUGGAGGGUCUUGUUACAUUAACUGCUGUUAAUUCAGGAAAGCUAAUGACUUCUGUGCUACGGUCAAUUUCACAUCUUCAAUGCCUUAAGGAUCUAGAUAUUGGUGGGUUUGAAGACGAGGAGGAAUUCAGAAGGUGCUUUUCUUACAUUACACCCUCCCUAAGUAAUCAAUCCCUUGUAAGACUUACAUUGAGGGAUUGUGCAAAUGUCAAGUUUCUGCCACAAAAUCUUCAACUCCUCCUUACUAGCAUUAAAUAUCUGAUUAUUCAGAGAUUUCCUGCCUUGGAUCAACUUCCGGAGUGGAUAGGGGACCUGUCAUCGCUUGAGAUAUUGGAGAUAUGGAAUUGCAAAGUGUUGAAAUAUCUACCUUCAAUAGAGGCCAUGCGACGUCUCACCCAAUUAAAGAGCCUGCAGGUUGGAGGAUGCCCACUUUUGAAAAAGAGAUGUGCCAAACACAAUGGUCCUGAAUGGGACAAGCUCUCACAUGUUCCCAAUAUUUGGAUCUGAUUGAGCAGAUGUUCAAGAUCACUGAAGACAAUGAAGCAUGCGGCGUGCCCAUCAUUUUUGUACAAGGUUAACACUUCUGCUAGCUCUUUCCUUGUCAAACUACUCAUUUUCUUGCUACUUUUUAUAAUAAUUUCUCCCUGUUUGGAGCUGCUCCACUUAGUUCACCAUUACCCUAGGUUCUGCUGUUUCAACUUGCUCAACUGUUUUUCCCUUGUUUCAUUUUGGUGCUUCAAUAGUUGUAGUAAUUGGUGUGCUUCCUUCUUUGUUCUUAGUUUUAUUAAGAUGAUAAAGAGGACCGAGGUUGAUUAUAAUCUAAUCACUCAUUUAAUAAUUGCUUGGCUUUACUCAAAGUUUGAACAGGA